AUGGACCCAUACAUGAUUCAGUUGCACGACGAUGGCGACCUCCCCUCAGUGCUGGAUGUGCAUGUCAACAUCCCGGGGAGAAGCUCUGUGCCGGGAAAAAUGAAAGGCAGGAAGGCCAGAUGGUCCGUGAGGCCCUCGGACAUGUCCAACAAAACUUUCAAUCCCAUCCGGGCCAUUGUGGACAGCAUGAAGGUGAAGCCAAAUCCAAACAAGACCACGAUUGCUCUGUCAAUUGGGGACCCUACUGUGUUUGGAAACCUGCCUACAGAUCCUGAAGUUACCCAAGCAAUAAAAGAUGCCCUUGACUCGGGGAAGUAUAACGGCUAUGCCCCCUCCACUGGCUACUUAUCGAGUCGGGAGGAGGUUGCUUCUUAUUACCACUGUCCCGAGGCACCCCUGGAAGCUAAGGAUGUCAUUCUAACAAGUGGCUGCAGUCAGGCUAUUGAACUUUGUUUAGCUGUGCUGGCCAACCCAGGGCAAAACAUCCUAGUUCCCAGACCUGGCUUCUCUCUCUACAGGACUCUGGCUGAAUCUAUGGGAAUCGAGGUCAAACCCUACAAUUUAUUGCCAGAGAAGUUUUGGGAAAUUGACCUGAAACAACUGGAAUCUCUGAUUGAUGAAAAGACAGCUUGUCUCGUUGUCAAUAAUCCAUCAAACCCUUGUGGGUCAGUGUUCAGUAGAAGUCAUCUCCAGAAAAUUUUGGCAGUGGCUGCAAGGCAGUGUGUCCCCAUCUUAGCUGAUGAGAUCUAUGGAGACAUGGCGUUUUCAGAUUCCAAAUUUGAACCUCUAGCCACCCUCAGUAGCAACGUCCCCAUCCUGUCCUGUGGAGGGCUGGCCAAGCGCUGGCUGGUUCCUGGCUGGAGGAUGGGCUGGAUCCUCAUCCAUGACCGAAGAGAUAUUUUUGGCAAUGAGAUCCGAGAUGGGCUGGUGAAGCUGAGUCAGCGGAUCCUGGGACCCUGCACCCUUGUCCAGGGAGCUCUGAAAAGCAUCCUGCGUCGCCCCCCUCAAGAGUUCUACCACAACACCCUAAGCUUCCUCAAGUCCAAUGCGGAUCUCUGCUAUGGGGCAUUGGCUGCUAUCCCUGGACUCCGGCCCAUCCGCCCUUCUGGGGCCAUGUACCUCAUGGUUGGAAUUGAGAUGGAACAUUUCCCAGAAUUUGAGAAUGAUGUGGAAUUCACUGAGCAGUUAGUUGCUGAGCAAUCCGUCCACUGCCUCCCGGCAACAUGCUUCGAGUACCCAAAUUUCUUCCGAGUGGUAAUCACAAUCCCCGAAGUGAUGAUGCUGGAGGCCUGUAGCCGGAUCCAGGAGUUCUGUGAGCAGCACUACCAUUGUGCUGAAGGGAGCCAGGAGGAAUGUGACAAAUAG